CAUCCAGGCAAACAUGCUUAUAAAUAUGUUUAUACACAUGCAGAUGACAUUUAAGUAGAUCGAUUCUGCAACUCUCUUUCAAUUCUAGCUAUGGAAAUACAAAAACAUAUGAGUUUACUUCUACUUGUAUAUGCUACAUGUUUAACAUUUUGUUGCGGUAGCAUAGUCGGAGGCCCCCUGAAUGGAAGCUGCAUUCACAGCGAGAAACAAGCUUUGCUGCUUCUUAGGAAAAGCCUUCUUGUUGUAAACGACUCUUGGUUACCGUGGGAUGGAGAUGAUUGUUGUUCAUGGGACGGUAUUUAUUGCAACAGCAUAACAGGCCAGGUCAUCGAACUUGAUCUCGAAAUGUGUUGUCACGAAGGUUCGAUAUCUCAAUCCAUCGGGAACUUGACUGCUCUUACUCGAGUAUAUCUAUCUGGUAAUUCCAUUGAAGGCAUUAUACCAGAAUCCAUAGGAGCUUUAAAAUCUCUUACUUAUCUUGAUCUUUCUUCCAAUAAUCUCGGUGGUUUCUUUCCUCAAUCUUUCAGAAAUUUGACAUCUCUCAAUUGCCUUAAUCUUGAUUACAACAUAUUUACUGAUUCAAUUCCGGUUGAGAUUGGCAAUCUUACCAAACUUUCAGACCUCAGGUUGAGUAAGAAUUGGUUUAGUGGUUGUCUACCAGAAUCACUUUGCCAACUAAGGGAUUUAAUCGGACUGGUGGUUGAUGAUAAUCAACUGGGAGGAAGCAUUCCUAAAUGCAUCGGAAAACUAUCAAAUCUAUAUUUUUUGGAUCUUGAUUCCAAUUCAUGGGACGGUAUUAUAUCUGAGCAUCACUUUGUCAACCUCACCAAGCUUCAUUCAUUUCGAAUUUCUUCAAACUCCAACUUCAUGGUUAAUAUCAGUUCUAGAUGGGUUCCUCCAUUUCAGCUUCAUGAUAUAUACAUGGACUCCAUAAAAGUGCCCCAGUUUCCCAAAUGGCUUAUAACACAGAGAACACUUGUUGACAUCACAAUGACAAACACGAGCAUAUCAGACACCACGUUAGCAAUUCCAAAUAGUGUGACUCAUUUAGACCUCUCAAAUAACCACUUGUUUGGUAAUAUCCCUGCUCUUUUAUGCAAUAAUACGUCCUUGAGGACUAUGCUUCUCUCUGAUAAUAAAUUUUCAGGAGCGCUGCCCCCGUGCCUAGGAAAUUUGACAGGCUUGAAUGAUUUUUCCAUUAUGAAUAACAACCUCAGUGGAGAUAUUCCUAUUUCUUUAGGUUCUUUAAGGUUUCUCAGGUAUUUAAACUUGCACAAUAAUAAUUUUCAAGGCAAACUUCCACUGUCCUUCCAAAAUUUGUCAUCUAUAAUCGGACUUGAUGUGGGAAAGAACAAUUUAAGCGAUAUCCUUCCUCGUUGGACUUCGAAGUUGCUGGAUCUCAGGUAUUUAAUACUACGGUCCAACAAUUUCUACGGUGAAAUUCCCACGGAUAUUUGUCAUCCAUCAAUUCAAGUUCUAAACCUGGCAAAAAAUGACAUAACGGGAAAUAUUCCUCUUUGCUUCGGCAAUUUUACUGCCAUAAUUACAGGUUAUAACAGCGGAAAAGAAGAAGGUCCAUCAUACUCAAGUCUGAGUUAUGAAGAUAUCAUUAUGGAUGAUCCAAAAGGAUAUGAAGUAACAUAUUCCUCUACACUCGAUUUUCUUUAUUCCAUUGAUUUAUCAAAUAACAACAUCAGUGGCGAGAUUCCAGAGGAGUUGAUGAACCUCCAUGGUUUGUUGAGUUUAAACAUAGCUGGUAACCGACUAUCCGGAAGGAUCCCUGACACGAUAGGGAAAUUGGAUUUACUGGAAUUUCUUGAUCUGUCCAGAAAUGAACUUGAUGGUCAUAUUCCACAGAGUCUGUCAAAUCUGAGCUUUUUAAGCGGUUUAAACCUCUCCUUUAAUGAUUUUUCGGGGAGAAUACCAACGGGAAACCAACUCCGAACCCUAGAUGAUCCUUCCAUUUAUGUUGGAAACAAUCAGCUCUGUGGUCCAUCCAUCCUGAAGCCAUGUCCUGGUGACACCGAUUCACAUGAUUUUCACAACAACAAUGAAGCUGAAUUUUAUUCGGAUGACGAGCACGUGUGGUUUUAUGCAGGGAUAGGACCUGGUCUCUUGGUUGGCUUUCUGGGAUUCUGCGCUUCUUUGCAUUUCAUUCCAACAUGGAGGUACUUCUACUUUCACUCUGUUGAAAGAUUCUCUGACAAGAUAGCGCUUUCCAUUGCUUUGUGGCGGAGAAGGUUCCAGAACUAAGAGUGGAUUCAGGUUCUUCAUCAAGCUGUAGCCUUGGACAAGAAAGAUGUUGGGAUUUCUUGCAUCAUAUGACUCCAUCUUUACCAAUAUAUAUACUUUCAUGUUCCUAUAUUCUCUGUUUCUGCUUCUUGUAUUCUCUUCUGUACCUUGUUAUUGUACGUUCCUGGUCAUUUUAACAAUAAUACUGCUAAAGUUUAUCUUGGUUGAGAAUGGAACAUGCUGUUAGUCUUAACUAAAGGAUGAUAUAUACAGUUAAGGGUCCGGAGGUCCUUGACAAGCGAUUGA